AUGCAUAUCUCCGCCAUGGUUGUUUCGGCUCUGGCCGCCGUUGCUCAGGCCGUCGACGUCCAAGUCGUCUCCGUCGCCUCGACCAACAACACCCUCAAGUUCUUCCCCGACAAGAUCAACGCCGCCGUCGGCUCCAUGGUCCAGUUCCAGUUCCGCGGCGGAAACCACUCCGUCGUCCAGUCCACCUUCGACAACCCGUGCAUCCCCAUCCAGAACGUAAACACCUCCGCGAAGGGCGUCUACUCCGGCUACCAGCCCGUCGCCGCCUCCGCCGCCGCCGGCCAGAUCCCCGCCUUCACCAUCAUGGUCAACAGCACCACCCCCAUGUGGCUCUACUGCUCCCAGGGCAAGCACUGCCAGAACGGCAUGGUGAUGGUCAUCAACGAGAACACCAAGGCCAACGCCACCCGCUCCCUCUCCAACUACGCCAAGGCCGCGAAGACCGUGCCCCAGGCCCAGAUCCCCGGCGGCUCCGGCACCGGCUCCGGCGGCGGUUCCGCCAGCCCCACCGGCGGCGCUGGCUCCGGUUCCGGCUCUGGUUCCGGCUCCGGCAACGGCGGCGGCUCCAACAACGGCGGCGGUGCCGGCGCCACCCCCUCCUCCCCUCCCACCGCCGGCGCCGCCUCCCUCAGCGCGCCCGGCACCCUGCUGCUCGCCCUCGGCGCCACCUUCAUGCUCAUGUAA